AGUUAUUGAAUGACUAGACGAGUGUAUCACGAGAUAUUUCGGUGGGCGGUUACGAGUUCGCGUAGCGAACGAGUAACGCCCACCGAAAUAUCGAGUGUACACGAGUCUAGGACAUUCAAUAAAAUGGCUUGUAUCAUUGCCCGUCCAUCGGCUGUCAUUAAACUUCUAAAAACCAAUCAGAAUUGUCUCGGGUUUCUGAGUGAAUUCCCCGCCAAAAACAAUCAACGAUCAAUUAGGAGUACAUUUCCCACCAAAAACGUUAUCAGUUACAUGUAGUUCAAUGCGCACCCGACUUUGUAAGCGGUAAGCAGCAGGAUGUCAACCCCUUCAGCUAGCUUAAUGGUCAGUUUAAAGUACAGGGAUUUCCUUUCAUUACAAGGGGAUGAUUUUGACGACAUUGUGUUAUCUCAAGCAUUCAAGGAUAUAGAAAACGAAGUGAAAGUUUUUGAUGGGAUUUCCGACAUGUCGCUGACACCUAACGGGAAGGGGAUGCAAAACAUAUUUAGGAGGACUGGAAUACACCACAUUACCAGCAAGAACAGACAUUAUUACAACCAAGAAGGUGACCGAUGUAUUCCGGAGUACUUCGAUAUGUACAAUGAUGUUUAUACAGGAGACUUCUCGGAGGAACCCCCAUUUGUUAUGGAAGACAGGUCGUCGGUGUAAACAAACCAAAACAACAUGUGAAAGUGAAAGGAAAUUACACACAACUUACACUAUUGUACAAAUGCGGCAAACUGGACAACUGUUACACGUUAUGUUAAAUUUGUAAACAGGGAAUCGUAUACAUAAUAUUUGUAACCAAACAUGUUUUUUUCAAGUUUUAAUAACACCUAUGUACUACAGACCCUAUUCGGCAUUGAUACAAAAACAUCGAGAUCGCUGUAAACACUUGCGCUUGACCAA